AUGGCUUACAACAGACCAUACAAUCCGGACGAACUGCCAAGAUUCGCAGAGCCCGACCCAAAAGGCGCCGCGCCUCACCCAUCCUCAUCCUCUCGCUACGAGUCUAAGCCCCAACCGCCUGUUCCUAGCCCCCGACACGACUCUCUUCCGGCUCGUCGUACAGACACAGGACGUCUGACUCCCACUGGUUACGGCCCAAGCGGUUCGAGCGGUUAUAGCAAUAAUAGUGGUGUCGGCCACAGCAACAGCUACGAUCACGGCUAUAGGCCGAACCUACAAUCUACCAUGUCGCCGCCGCCUACCGCCACCGGCCCGCGACCUACCGCCCAUAACCGCCCACCUCCCACGAGUCGGCCACCUCCUUCUCCUACCCCUGGGGAAAGCGUUGCCGAUCCUACCCUGCUACCGCUGUUCAAAGCUGUCGAUAAGAAUAACACUGGUCAGCUCUCCGAAAAGGAACUAUCGGCUGCUCUCGUAAAUGGCGACUGGACGGCUUUCGACCCGCAGACGGUGCGCAUGAUGAUUCGCAUGUUCGACAGUGAUCGGUCGGGGACGAUCGGAUUCGACGAAUUCUGCGGACUGUGGUCAUUCCUAGCAUCGUGGCGAGCACUAUUCGACCGGUUCGACGCGGACCGCAGCGGCAACAUUAGUCCGGACGAGUUCAGCAACGCCCUCGUGGCCUUCCGCUACCGCCUUAGCCCCGGCUUCGUUGACCUGCUUUUCCGCACCUACGACAAGCGCAACGAGGGCGUCAUGAGCUUCGACCUCUUCGUCCAGGCCUGCAUCAGCCUUAAGCGUAUGACCGACGUCUUCAAGAAAUACGACGAGGACCGCGACGGUUACAUUACUCUCAGCUUCGAGGACUUCCUCGUCGAGAUCUUAAAGCAGCUCAAGUGA